GAACUUCUUCAUCAACCACCAUCUCCAUCUGAGAAAAUGUCUCGCUCCCUAUUGAUUGUUUAUCUAGCCUGCUUGGCUUUCCUCCCCGCUCUCAUCAGUGCCCAAUCAUGCAGCACCACAGGCACAUAUGCUGGCUGCUGCCCAUCCUCAGACAAGAAAAUCGUUACUUUUCAAGGCAAAGACUACCGAGUCUACUGCGAUGUGGUUAUUGCUCCAGGUUCAGUGGAGUUUACCAGUACCCCUGCCGAAUGUGCAAACCGUUGCGGUAGCAUGGAAGAAUGUGUUGACUCAUUCUGGGAACCGCCGCGCCAAUCGGAGCGAUCCGGUCGCUGUGAGAUGAAUCUGCUUGAAAGCGAAGCUCAAAGCCUAGCGAUCGUUCCUAUGGCUUCUGCGGGACCGACGCAGUGCGAUCGAGAUCUUCAAAAGUGUCGAACAGAUCUCGCAAUAUGUCAGCGCAGUCUCUCGACGCAGCAAGCAAACUGUGCUGCGCAACUCUCAACGCAGCAAGCAAACUGUGCUUCGCAACUCUCAACGCAGCAAGCAAACUGUGCUUCGCAACUCUCGACGCAGCAAGCAAACUGUGCUGCGCAAGUCUCGGCACAACAGACCAGCUGCACAGGCAGAAUCUCAUCAGCUAUAGCAUCAUAUGCAUCAGCACUGGCCCAGUGCCAGGGCGCGGUCGCGUCUGCGGGUCUGCGGUGCCGCGUCCCAGGCGGGAACAGUCAAUAUUACCAGCUAAGCCGUAGCACCGACCCGACAAGCUGCAAGCAGAAUUGUCUAGCUGAUAGCAGGUGCUUGUCAUAUGCCGUCGGGGCGACUGGGUUUUAUAAUAAUUAUUGUGCACUAUAUGGACAGGCAGUAAAGAAUUUACAAUUAGCUCCCUGGCAAUUUGUAAUAUCUGACCGAAAUUGC